AUGCCAGCCGAGACCUCUUUAACUACGGCUCAAACAUCUAUUAAACAUGGCUUUCUGCCAUUUUCAUCUAAGUCGCGCCACCCCGAAAUAUCGGCGGCACUAGACGACGUACCUCGUUACCUAUUCCGAGUUCACGCACCAACCACCGCAGGCCAGACAACCACUGAUUAUGUUGCGUCAAGAGCAGCCGUAUUUGGCCUGCCUAGCUCUACCACCGAUAUCCUUACCAUUCCAGAUCAAGAUGCCGCCGAAAUGAUCAACUGCCAUCUGCGGGGAUGGUCAAGGAACACUGAUAACCUCAUCUCAUGGUCGAGCUCCCUGCUGUUUGUGCUACAGUAUGCGCUUUACCGCAACGUCAAAAUCGGUGAUGAGUUGUCCGAUAUACAGGUCCAUGUUCUAGACACACUGGGUCUGCCCUCGGGAGCUUUCAUUUCGGAUAUGGCACUGUUGGAUACCUUUGCCAGCAAACACCGUAAGGAAAAGAUGAACCUCUCCAACUUUCGGCACUUGCGCCGAAACACCCUAUAUAAUUUUGGUGAAUAUUUAUGCCAAGGAACUCUGUUCUACGAUGGACGCUGCGCCUCCGCAAGUCUGAAUGACAUUGUCCAUCACGGGCUUUUUAAACUGUGCCCCGAGAUGGAAGAAGCUAACGAAAAGUCGGAACUGGCCAAAAGAGUUUUGAAAAUGCGCGACCAGUGCUUCGGAUCACCCUCCGCGGCCACAAAACAAGAAAUUCGGGCUGCUCUAGCCAUUUCCCAAGGCUGUUUCGGAGAAGAGUGGGCGUUGCCACUGAUGGCUGCCUUGCUUUCACUUCGAAAGAGAUAUCCAGACGACGAUGUAAUAAUCGAGGCUUUUAAAGCAAACUUUUCAGGCAAGAAAUCCUUCUAUGUGUAUGAAGAGAUUGUAGCGACCAAGCGUGGUGCGCUCAAGUCUUUCUCAGACGAGCGACUCCCAGAGAUAUUCCAGUUUGAGGGAAUCAUACAGGAUAUCCACAAUGAACACUCCUUACGAACUCUCGACUCGAUUAUAGCCUCGACAAUAGGAUUGUCUCGUAAGUUGUCACCUGAAAACUCUGUUGUUUCUUUGCUCAUUUACUUCUGGUCUCCUCCCAAUCUGCUCUUUAGCAAAUUCAAGAGCCACUUGGUCAAUUUUGAAAGAGAGCUUGGUGAAAGUUGGAAAGAUGUUUCUCCAGUUCCCUAUGUGGGGUUCGACUACUGUGCUGGUUGA